AAAUAUUCCUUCUUAUUUGCUUAACUAUACCAACUCCAACAUUGCAAGACUUAAACCAAAACCACAUCAAAUUUCAUUAUUCAUUCCAAACCCCUUUUAUGCUUUUCUCAACAUAUAUAUAAACCUCUUUACACAAGUCAAUUCUCAAAUCAAUCUUAUCUAUCUAACUAUCUUUGAUCAUCUUUAGCAUUUCAUAUUCAUCAUAGUUAGAAAACAUGGGUGUUUUUCAAAUCAUUCUAAGACUAUCUUUUGUGGCUAUCCUCAUCAAAUUGGCCAUGGCUACUAAUCAUAUUGUUGGAGGACCAAAUGGUGGAUGGGAUACAAGCUCAGACCUUCAAACAUGGGCAUCUUCCAAACAAUUUUCCGUCGGAGACAAUCUCGUUUUCCAGUAUCCACCAAACCAUAAUGUGGUGGAAGUUACAAAAUCAGACUAUGACUCAUGCCAGCAAACAAAUGCAAUUCAAUCUUUCAAUGAUGGUGCCACAACCAUCCCUCUCACAUCACAAGGCAAAAGAUACUUCAUUUGUGGAACAAUAGGACAUUGCAGCCAAGGAAUGAAGAUUGAAAUAGACACACUUGCCACUCAAAUUUCUCCUGCCUCUCCAGCAACAGCAUCUCCUCCAGCAGCAGCAGCAUCUCCUCCAGCAGCAGAUUCUCUAAUUGUUUCCAUCAUUCCCUCUGCAGCACCUGAAGAACCUACUACUGCUCCACCUGCAGAAUCUCCUGAAUCACCAAGUCCGAUGUUCGAAACACAAAUGGAAACUCCUACGUUGUCUCCGGUUAUUCCUUCCACUGAAUUUUUAGCUCCUAACUCUCCUCUACCGCAACAUUCAGCGGACGCAUCAGCUUCAUCGACCGUGAAAGGAAAUUUACAAGCCUUCAUUUCAGUAGUGUUGAGUUUUGCUGCAGUGUUUAUGACCUUCUUCUAAAAGGAGUGAAAUCUCACUCAACUCAACCAUUUCUAGUGAGCCUAUUUUGUGUGAAAAUUUGUUUUUAAUGUUUUUCUUUGUUACUGUGGUGUGAUUAUUAUGGCUUAAAAAAUCAGUUCAAAUCACUUUUAUUUUCAACCAUGGAUCAUACAUUCUAACCAUCAUAUUUAGUCUAAUAUUGUAUUGUAGCAGCACAAAUUUAUCCUAUCAAGAA